UCUAGUUGAAUUACCAAUAUUAGUAGGCUAGUUGUAAUCGUUUAAAAAAACUUCAAAUUUGAAAAUUCCCGCGUAACACGAUUACGUACGCCAACCAAACUCCUACCAACUAAACCAACCAAAGUCGCCAAAACCACGUGAAUAACUGAUGCAUGUCAAUAUUUUAUCUGAUUGUUUAAAAAAUAUAGUUUUAUUAUUUCCAAAUAAGUGUUGUUUGUUGCUUUCUACAUUUCGUUGCUUGUAACUUUGGCGGGAAAUCGUUGGAAUUCAAAAGUCCAAGUGUCAUGGUCAGCUGUCUCAAUCGUGCUCCACUUUGAUAACCAUUUUUCGAAAUGUUAUCAUGUAACAAGUGCGACAUUCAUUAAAUCAGUAACAGUGAAGCAACCGAUCGCAAAUAAUUAGUCACACCUUUAGAAUCUGGAAUUAUAGUACAAAACGCUUUUGUAGUCUACCCCUCAACCGUACUAACAAAAAAUCGUUCGUUUAUCUCAGAAAGAGCCAGCGUUAUAUCACCACAAGAAUGGACGCCGCAGAAAAGCCCCUAUCAACGUUCAAAUUCACAGACUACGACUGCAUUGGGUUCGACUUAGACAACACACUGUCUCGCUACAAAGUAGGUGCCAUGAUUGAAAUGGAAUACGGCGUGAUGGCGAAUUUUCUCGUGGAAAAAAAAGGCUACUCGAGAAAGCACCUGUUGCAACCUUUCGACCACAAUUUCAUCCUCAGAGGGUUAAUCGUGGACGACGAAAACGGUAAUAUUUUAAGAAUUGCGAACGAUGGGCACAUUUUACAAGCUUCACACGGCACCAAGUUCCUCCAGGACGAGGAAAUCGAAACGUACUACCCCAACAGACACUGGAAAGUGUCAGAUAUUUUUGUACAGGACCCGCUAACGACGUGGAACGGACCCUACUCGGAAAAAAUGCGCACUCUUCUGGAUUAUUUUGACAUCGCGGCUAGUUUAAUUUUUGCAAGAGCGAUUGACGCUAUAGAUGAGCAACAAAAUAUGGUGCAAGAUAAGUACAACGUGUGGGUUGAUAUUUUAGACGCUUUGCAGAAUAUGUUCAAUAGGAACCAUUUUCCGACUGGAGAGGGGGAAUAUUUUACAAAAAUGAAAACUCAUCCAGAGUUGUAUUACCAUAAGAGUAGUGAACAGUUGUUACAAUGGUUGCGGCAAUUGAAACACCAACAGAAGAAGUUGUUUUUGCUGACUGGGUCUCACGUGGAUUUUGCUUCUCACACCGCCUUGAAUACUAUAGGUCCAAACUGGAAAGAAUAUUUUGAUAUUGUUGUUUGUUUUGCCAAAAAACCGGGAUUUUUUACCAUGAGAAGAGACUUCUUGAGGAUUGAUGGUAAUGAAGAAGGAGCUCCUGUUAGUUUAAAUGACUUACAACUAGGAGGCGUGUAUUCUCAAGGUAACUGGACAGAUCUUCACCAAUUUUUGUCAAGACAUGUAAAUAAAUCUAUGCCGAAAUUUCUAUACAUAGGAGAUAAUUUAAUACAAGAUAUUUAUACACCUCAUAUUCAUUCUCACUGUGAUACGGUGACGGUAUGUGAAGAAUUGGAAGCCGAAGGGGUGUAUGGGUAUCGUCAAUGGCAUCCGGAUCAGCACUUUCUUGUAUCUACAAUAUGGGGCUCUUACUUCCAUUAUAACAAUGUCAAUACAAAUUGGUAUCACUUAAUGAAGAAACACUCCAAAUUGUGUAUACCAAGUCUGGAGUAUAUCGCGGCUUUACCCAUCGACCAUACGUACACCGGAAACGAUGUAUAGAAAGCUUAUUGUUUUAUGUUUACAACCAAUACUUAAUUGUAGUCCGUUAAUAAAUUAAUUUUCCAAA